AAUAAAGUAAAUGAAUAUUGAAAAGGUGAAAAUAAACUUUGUAUCGUUUGCAUUGCAAAGAAAGAUAGCUUAUUAGUAAAGUUUCUCAUAGCUUUUCUUCGUUAUAGUUAAUAAUUGAGUGCAUCAUGUUGUAUCUAAUAAUUUUAAUGUUGACUUUUAAAUAUUCAUAUUGUUCUUCAGUAGUGGAUAUGACAACGAGUUCAUUUGGUAGAAGUAACAAUGGUUUCAUCGCUGCAUUUGGUGACUUUAACUCUGACGAAUUAACUGACGCUUUUAUAAUAAAUGGUUCAAAUAUUGAAGUGCUUUUAGCUUACGAUAAGGAACCGUUUUUGCGACCCUCAUCUUUUGUUUGUUCUUUUAAUGACAUUGUGAUAACGAGCAUAGUGCCAGGUGACUAUGAUGGAGAUGCUUACAUGGACAUACUGUUUACGACACAGAUUCAAAAUGCUACAUCUAAUUCACAUGAAGUUCGAAUUUUGUGGGGAGGAGCACCCACCUUGAAUUGUUCAGAUGCGCUUUCGGUCAAAGCUACAACAAUAGGUCAGCCAUUAAUUUUAGAUUAUAAUCGUGACAUGAUAUUAGAUUUGUUUGGCAUCAAUUCCAAUAAGGAAAGAGUAUUUUGGAUUUUUGAUAAAACCAGAUUAAAUCCAAGUGAAAUUCCAAUGAGCAAAGAUUUGCUUAAAGAAAUAAAACUCCCACACUCACAUUCAUUUUUGGAUGUUAAUGAUGAUAAUGCUGCUGAUCUCUUGGUCACAACUAAGGUGGAUAUUGAAGUUUGGUUUAAUGAAGAAGUUGGUGGAUUUACUUACAACUACAGUAUUGAGUUAUUGGUAGGACAUCCUGUAAUAUAUGGCCAAGCUUUGUUUACAGAUGUUGCUUUGUCAGGACAAUUCUAUGUAGUAAUACCUGUUUGCUAUGAUAUAGAAUGUUUUAAUAGCACCAUACUAAUUUAUGACAACCAACAAUGGCAUGAUCUUCAAGUAGAUUUUAAUGAUGGCAAGGGUACUUUGUGGCGAUUCACUCCUCCACGAGAUGAAAUAUAUUUAGACACUAUAACAAUGAGAAGUGGUGAUUAUAAUAUGGAUGGAUAUCCAGACAUUCUGAUGACCCUAAGUCCAGUGAACAGCCAGGAAACUGCAGUUUUUCUAUUGCAUAAUGUACCAUGCAACUCAGUGGGUUGUAAAUUUUCCAGAACAUUUCAAGUGCAGUGGGAUAAAUUUGAUACAUUUGGUAAAAAUGUUGUGAUGGCAACAUUUUACGAUUUUUACAUGGAUGGUGUUCUUGAUAUUAUAUAUAUUAAAAAGAAUACAACUUUGCAAUCAUAUACAAUGAAUGCAUUCAAAAAUGAAUUGGAAUAUGAUACUAAUUUUAUAAAGGUUAUUGUUGUAACUGGGCUCAGUAAUAAAAAUAUACCUGUGAUUAAUGGAACUUUGUACAAUAGAAAAGUAACUUUUGGAACAAACUUGCCAGGACCCAAAAUUGGCUACAACACUUGGUCUCAAGAAAGUACCUACAGGACAGGAGUGUGUGCACAACUUUCACAGUCCGCUUAUUUUGCUUUGCAACUUCCAUACUCUAUAUUCGGACUGGAUAGGACACCAAAUUUUGUAGACACACUUAAUGUUGGUCUAUCAGGAUACUCCAAAAGCUGGACUCAAAUAAUACCCAACUCACAAAUAGUUGUCAUUCCAGCGCCACCAAAUGAUCCAUCACAAUGGCGAGCUCAACUAUUUGUUACACCCAGUAAAGUUAUAUUGAAAAGUGUUUUUGUGUUGACUGCUAUUAUUGUUAUUAUAACAGCUUGUGUUUUAUAUUUACAUUGGAAAGAAAGGAACGAUAGACAAGAUAUUAUAGAAAUUGACGAAAAGACAUAUGUGAAGAUAUAGAUUUAACAUUGACUUCUUAUUAAUGUGAUAUUAUUAAAUAUUGUGAUUUAAAUAAGACAUCAACUAUGUUUGAGCUGUCUAAAAAUCUAUAUUGCAUAUUUACUGUGAGUUUCCGCUGCCGUUAAAACUGAGCAAAAACAUUGUCGUCUUUGACAUUGUAACAAUUUUUUUCAUAAAAGUAAACACUGUUGUCCCUCACAGUAAAAGAUUGAAGUGCCUUUAGACAUAGUAGAUGUUUGUUUAGCUAGGAUUAGUUAUGAAUUAUGAUAAUUAUAUUUAUCCAACUAGUCUGUGAUUGUUUUAUAUUUCAUGUUAUCAAUAUGUAUUCAUUAGAAAUCAUAAAAAUAUUAUAAUAAACUAGCUGUCGCCCGCGACUCCGUCCGUGCGGGAUAAAAAAAAAUAGAUAGUAGUCGAUUCUUAGACCUACCCAAUAUACUCAUAAAAUUUCAUGAGAAUCUCUCAAGCCGUUUCGGAGGAGUAUGGGAACGAAAAUUGUGACACGAGAAUUUUAUAUAUAAUAUUUUUGGAAAAAUUCUCAGGAAUAAGAGCUAAAUUUACACUUUAUAAAACAACUUAGAAACUUGUAAAUAAUUAGGUUAAAGAAAGUUAAGAAUUUUUAAUCGUUGUAUGUUCUGUAAAAUGAGAUUCAAAGUGCAGUAUGUUUUACUUUAUCCUAUUUGUUACAAGUAAAUCUCUCCUGAAGCAACUUGCACUAUGACAAUUUC